GAGAUUGCUUCACGUCUAGGACUUCCUGAUGCUUCUAUAACACAUUAUGGCUUAAAUGGAGAUGUCAACAAUGUGCUGAUGAUGGCUGACAUUGUGCUCUAUGGAUCUUCACAAGAAAUACAGAGUUUUCCGCCUCUACUUAUUCGAGCCAUGUCAUUUGGAAUCCCAAUCAUGGUGCCUGAUUUGCCUGCCUUGAGAAAUUACAUUGUUGAUGGCGUCCAUGGGGUUAUCUUCCCAAAACAUAAUCCUGAUGCCUUAUUGGACUCUUUCUCACGAAUGAUAUCAGAUGGGAAGCUCUCCAGAUUUUCACAAGCAAUAGCUUCCUCUGGAAAAUUACUUGCUAAGAAUAUACUAGCAUCGGAAUGUGUUACCAGUUAUGCACGGCUCCUAGAGAAUGUUCUGAAUUUCCCAUCAGAUGUUAAGCUUCCAGGUUCUGUCUCCCAGCUUCAAUUAGGAGCCUGGGAAUGGAAUUUGUUCAGAGAGGAAGCAGUGCAGACAAUUAGCAAAAAGGUAGAUACUGAAGAGAGGAUUGCAGCAACAAGCAAAUCCAGUGUUAUUUUUGCUCUUGAAGCACAAAUAACUAAUUUUGUUAAUUUAACAAAUUCUUCUGAGACUGAAAACGGGACUCUGGAGCAAGAUAUUCCAACUCCACAUGAUUGGGAUAUUUUGGAGGAAAUAGAAAAUGCUGAAGAAUAUGAAACUGUUGAAAUGGAGGAGUUUCAAGAAAGAAUGGAGAGAGAUCUAGGUGCAUGGGAUGAAAUAUAUCGAAAUGCCCGGAAAUCUGAAAAACUCAAGUUUGAGGCAAAUGAACGAGAUGAGGGGGAGCUUGAAAGGACGGGACAACCUGUAUCCAUUUAUGAGAUAUACAAUGGUGCUGGAGCUUGGCCAUUCAUGCACCAUGGUUCUUUGUACCGUGGACUAAGUCUUUCCACAAGGGCACUGAGGUUAAAAUCUGAUGAUGUCAAUGCUGUUGGACGGCUUCCUCUUCUGAAUGACUCUUACUAUCCGGAUACUCUCUGUGAGAUUGGAGGAAUGUUUGCUAUUGCAAAUAAGAUUGAUAACAUUCAUAAGAGACCUUGGAUUGGGUUUCAAUCAUGGCGGGCGUCUGGAAGAAAGGUUUCCUUAUUCCCAAAAGCUGAAAAUGUCUUGGAAGACACUAUAAGGGACAACACUAAAGGAGAUGUUAUAUACUUCUGGGCACACUUGCAAGUGAAUCGUGGAAUCUUGGGGGGCAGUAAUGCUCCCACUUUCUGGUCAGUGUGUGAUAUCUUGAACGGUGGUCUUUGCAGAACCGCCUUUGAGACCACCUUUCGUGAGAUGUUUGGAUUGUCGUCAAAUAUGGAAGCGCUUCCCCCUAUGCCAGAUGAUGGUGGUCGCUGGUCUGCCCUCCAUAGUUGGGUGAUGCCAACCCCUUCCUUUCUGGAGUUCAUAAUGUUUUCCAGGAUGUUCACCCACUACCUUGAUGCUGUGAAUAGAAAUCAAAGUCAACCAUAUGGAUGUUUGGUUGCUUCCUCUGAGCUUGAGAAAAAACACUGUUACUGUCGGAUACUGGAAAUCCUGGUCAAUGUCUGGGCGUACCACAGUGGACGGAGGAUGGUUUAUAUCGAUCCUCACUCGGGUUUCCUCGAAGAGCAGCAUCCAGUUGAACAACGCAGGGAAUUUAUGUGGGCAAAAUAUUUUAACUCCACGUUAUUGAAGAGUAUGGAUGAAGAUUUAGCAGAAGCUGCAGAUGACGAAGGUGGUUCAAAUCAAAUGGGGUUGUGGCCAUUAACAGGGGAAGUUCAUUGGCAAGGGAUAUAUGAGAGAGAGAGAGAAGAAAGGUAUAGAGUGAAGAUGGACAAGAAGAGAACCACAAAAGUAAAACUAAUGGAGAGGAUGAAAUUUGGAUACAAGCAAAAAUCACUUGCAGGAUGAGAAGCUGGAAUUCUGAACCUUAUUUAGCCAGCUAAUUCUGAAAGCUUCCGACUGCUGACUUGGCUAGAAGAGAUUGAAAGAGAGCUUCCCUACGUCGAAAAUGAAUCAAACCAGUUUUUCGUUACAUACGGUACGUUAAGGAAUCUGAGUUCUUUCUCAAUUAUACUUACUCUACAGAGCAUUUCUAGGCAACAAAACUGAAGAAAAGCAAAGCUGAAAUUGCAGCUCGGUUAUUGGAGGCAUAUAUUACCAGAGAACACCAGGUUAUUUUGGGAGAGGUACUCUAAAUAUUCUUUAAAAUUCUUUCUUCUAUAUUCCACUUACCUCAUAUAUAGCAACAAGACAUAAGGGAAAUUCCUUUUACUUCUGUACAACCAAAAUAGCAAUUAUUGAGGCAAUUUUGGUCAUUCAUGAUAGUUGAUGGUUUCCACUUUCAGAUAUUGUUUUCUUCUCUUUGCUUUUAGUUCUGUCUUUUCUCCUCUGCCAACAACUAUGGUAUGGAAAUCUGCAAACUUUGUUCAGAUCUAGAGAAUGCCAAAAUGUUCCCAUAUAAUACCCUAUUGUACUCGAGGACUUGUCUUGUAACACAGACUCUAUUAUGCUAAAAAUAAAAUAUCGAUUAGGCA